AUGUCUCUUAAUGUGCCGGGACUGGUGGCGAUGGCAGCGUUUUACCUGCUGAUCUUGGGCACAGGGAUCUGGGCGGCCAUGCGCUCCAAGACGGCGGAGAAGAAGUGUCCAGGAGAUGGCAUGGAGAUAACGUUACUGGCCGGACGCAACAUUAACUUGCUAGUCGGCAUCUUCACUCUUACUGCUACAUGGGUAGGUGGAGGCUUCAUCCUUGGUAUAGCUGAGGCAACAUACAACCCAACACUAGGCGCAGUGUGGGCUCUCAUGCCUGUUCCUUAUGUCCUGACCUUCUUCUUAGGUGGCUUUUUCUUUGCCAAGCCUAUGAGAGAGAACAAGUAUAUGACAAUGAUGGACCCCUUCCAGCAGAAGUAUGGGAAUGUUCUGAGCAGUGUGCUGAUCUUUCCCGCACUCGUGGCCGAUGUCCUGUGGGUGGCACGCACACUCGUCAGUCUGGGUGGAACUAUGAGUGUGAUCCUGGACCUGUCCUACGUCUACUCCAUCAUCAUCUCCUCAGUGGUGGCCAUAACCUACACACUGCUGGGGGGGCUCUACUCUGUGGCCUACACAGAUGUCAUCCAGCUAAUCCUGAUCUUUGUCAGUCUGUGGGUGUGUGUUCCUUUCCUGUUGACCAACCCUCACUCUCUGGACAUCUCACUGACGGCCUAUAACCAGACCUUCCAGGCUCCCUGGGUUGGCACGGUGGAGCUCAAUGAGGCUGGCAAGUGGUUUGAUGAUUUCAUGCUGCUGGCUCUGGGUGGUUUGGCCUACCAGGCGUUCUACCAAAGAAUCCUGUCGGCCUCUUCUUACACCCAGGCUCAAGUGACAUGCUAUGCUUCUUCGGCCUUCUGUCUGGUGCUGGGUAUCCCCUCCGUGCUGGUCGGGGCUGUGGCUGCAUCUACAGACUGGAACUCAACCAGCUAUGGAUUGCCCAGCCCAUAUGAGCGCGACGAGGCAGGCUCCAUCCUCCCCAUCGCCCUGCAGUACCUCACACCCCCCUACAUCUCUAUCAUUGGCAUUGGAGCUGUAGCUGCUGCUGUCAUGUCCUCCAUGGACUCCGCUCUUCUCUCUUCAGCCUCAUUGUUUUCCUCAAAUAUCUACAAGAACAUCAUCAGAAAGCAGGCGUCCGACCGUGAGAUGCAGUGGGUGAUCCGUAUCUCAGUGGUGGUGGUGGGUCUGGCUGGCACUGCCCUCACCUUCCUGGACAACAGCGUCCUGGUCUUCUGGCUUGUGGGCGUGGACAUGUCUUACACCAUCAUGUUCCCUCAGCUGGUCUGCAUCCUCUUCUUCAAGUUGUCCAAUGGCUACGGAGCCACCGUGGGCUACAUGAUGGGAAUCAUCCUGAGGAUCCUGAGUGGUGAGCCCCUCAUUGGCAUCCCGCCUGUAAUCAAGUUCCCCGGCUGCCGGCUGGAUGACGAGGGAAAGCUGACCCAGUUCUUCCCCUUCCGCACUGCCAUCAUGAUCAUCUCGCUCGCAUCCAUUCUGCUCUUCUCCUGGCUGGCGUCCAUCAUUUUCAGCAAGGAUCUGGUGUCUGAGAGGUGGGAUGUGUUCAAUAUCAAACGCAAGCAGAAACCGAUAGCCAGAGCUGCAGAUGACAACGACAUGAGGACCAACUCUGAUAGUGAAGAGGCCUCCACGAACAAGCAGCUACUCGACACCACUAGCUGCUGAGGAGGCUCAAGAAGACGGAGAAAGAUGGGCCCUGGCUGUAGGCGGACAUGUUUGUUCGUCUGCUGAGCAGGAGUUCACAGAUGGGGAACAAUGGCAAAGGCUGGUGGUAUGAGACAAUUACAUUGGCAGCAAAGAAUGAGUGCACGCUCUGCACUGUUCCACUUUUUAUAACUGUUUAUUUCAAUGUGAUCUGAUAUAUUCCUUUCUCUAGUUGAUCUGCUGCCUCAGCAACUGUAAUUCCUCUUAUCUUCCUAAUUAAUAUUCGAUAAUCAAUUUUAACCUCUAAAAUAUUACUUAAAUAUAGAAUUGUUGCUUAUACAACGGUGUUAUUUUGUUUUAAAAUGACAGAUUGUGCUGUUUUCUGAUCCCAAAACUGUGAUCAAAAGCUGUGUGUUACUAUAUAUUUCUUUUGUUUUGCAGCAGUCCACAUGUUUCUUGAUUUUGAUUUUUUUUUUUUUUUGUAAAGAAUAUGUGUGCAAGGAGAGGACAACCAGAGUUGUGUGAACAUAUCUAAAGCUGAUGAUACACAGAGCAACCUUCAGAGAAAUGGUUCUGGGCAAUGUUGCUGUCAAUGGUAAUGAGUAAAGAUUACUACCGUAAUAACCCCUACCCCGCCGGUAUCCGUUAAAAACAUAGUUGGACUUGGACCACCAGCAACAUUGCUCAGCAACAUUGCUCAAAAAUUCGCCUCGUGUAUCAGCUUAAGAUGGGAAGGUUUAUGGUUACAUGUAAAUUUUCACAGAGCAACAUUUACCUCCAUCUCUCAAAUACUGCUCAAUAGACACCAGCAAAUUUAAUUUGUUCUGUUUACGACACUGUGACCACCCAGCGAUGGAUGACUAAAGUGGGUUGGGUUGCUGUGCAAUGCUGGUGGCUUUGUUGUUCAAGCAAUAUUAACAAAUGGCAACCAAGAACACUUGGACGGAAGUGACACAAACUUUUAAACAUUCUGUAGUUUUGUUCUAAUGACUAUUUAAUAUUACCUGUUUUGUCGUGAAUAGAAGCGGGGGGAGUCUAAAGUGCAAAGUUAUUGUGAGCCCAUUCCCCUCAAGUGCAAUUUACUCAAUGAUUAAUAACGUAAUAACAUGAAUGUAGCCGUUUUCUACAAAUGCACAGAGUGAAAGAACGCCAGACUCCUCCCACUCACCUAUUCCUCUGCCUUGUUUUUCUUCCGUCCAUCAGUGUGAGAGAGAGAGAGAGAGAGAGAGAUGCCUUUCAGUUUGACAGUAACUUUGUUCUAUAAUGUUUUGUUUUUGUUAUAUACUGCAUAGUUUACAGUGGGUUAUUUUUUUUCCUGAGGUGGUGAAAAUAUUUGCAACUAAGAUUCUGAGAAUUUAAAUUUAAGUUUCAUAACCGUACAAAUUCAGAAAGUCAGAAAGCCUUCCUCUACCAUACUGUUGCCUUUUAAUAUCACUGGAAACUUAACUACGCUGUUAUUUGCUGGCCAUUGUAAAAUGGAUGUAUACUUACUGGUCAAAUACCUCAUGGACUAGUAAUGUCUAAGUAUACAAACCUUUAACCUAUAAUUCUGACUUCUAUCCAAAGCACAAAACACAGAAUGUGACUUUCCAAAGACUGACCGCACAGAACUGUCUCAAAACAGGACACAUGCAGGACACAAUGUAUCAAUCUUUUUAUAUGACUGUGAUUUUUACCUGCAUUAUACUCUUGUACUACACAGUUUAAUUUUGAUUUGUAUACCACAGAUAAAUUUUUUUAUUUCUUUUUUAUCAGAGUUGAUCACUAUGCGUUGCGAGUUUCAGAAGUAAAACACAAAUGUGUAUUUUGUGUCAAGCUAGCAACGUUUAAAGUAAAAUAAAUUCACCUUCGAUUUUGCAGAACAUGAAAUGUAGUUUCACCUUCACACGUUUAAAUCGUAUCGCAUAUCGAUGAGUCAAAGUAAUAGCAAUGUAGAAUGUCCACAGUAUAGUGAAGGAUGGCAACGCCUUAAUAAUGGAUGUUUGUCAUCUGUGCAUUUCAUCAUUUUUUGAGGAGAAACAUUUUAUUUUCCACCUUGGGUUAGUCUGUCAUCAUCUAUGACAGUUCACAGUUGAUAGUUUUAUAAUGGGUAGUGAGUUACAUAUUGUAUUUUCCCCUAAUAUGUAUUUGGUUUUAUACUAUAUGCAUGUUGAUUGCAUGUUUGUAUACAGAACCUUUGUGAAGGCUGUUCUCUCUUGCCACUUGGCAAGGUCCUACGUUGUAAUUGAUUAAUGUAAAUCCCCAUUGGGAGAUGUUCUGUCAAAUAAAAGGCUGAAACCAAA